GGCGCGGCUCGCGUCCGCCAACGGGAGGCGGCUUAAAGGCGACGCGUGGCGCGAUGGCGGCGGCCCCACGCGCGAGUCGGCGGCGCGGGCGGCCGCUGCCGGGUGCGGUGCCGCCUCUGCUGCUGCUGUUGCUGCUGCUGGCGCUACCCCCAGGGGCUCCUCCGGGCGCCGCCGCCUACUUCCCCGAGGAGCGCUGGAGCCCCGAGUCCCCGCUACAGGCGCCGCGAGUGCUCAUCGCGCUGCUGGCGCGGAACGCGGCCCACGCGCUGCCCGCCACGCUGGGCGCCCUGGAGCGGCUGCACCACCCGCGGGAGCGCACCGCGCUGUGGGUGGCCACGGACCACAAUGCAGACAACACAUCGGCUGUGCUUCGUGAGUGGCUGGUGGCAGUGAAGGGCCUGUACCACUCCGUAGAGUGGCGCCCAGCAGAGGAGCCCAGGUCCUAUCCGGACGAGGAGGGCCCCAAGCACUGGUCUGACACCCGCUAUGAGCAUGUUAUGAAGCUGCGGCAGGCGGCCCUGAAGGCUGCUCGGGACAUGUGGGCUGACUACAUCCUGUUUGUGGAUGCUGACAACCUCCUGGUGAACCCAGACACCCUGCGCUUGCUCAUUGCCGAGAACAAGACUGUGGUGGCGCCCAUGCUGGACUCGAGAGCCGCCUACUCCAACUUCUGGUGUGGGAUGACGUCCCAGGGCUACUACAAACGCACGCCGGCCUACAUCCCCAUCCGCAAGCGAGAGCGCCGAGGCUGCUUUGCGGUGCCCAUGGUACAUUCCACCUUCCUGCUGGACCUGCGCAAGGCGGCGUCCCGGAGCCUGGCCUUUUACCCGCCGCACCCCGACUACACGUGGGCCUUCGACGACAUCAUCGUCUUUGCCUUCUCGUGCAAGCAGGCGGAGGUGCAGAUGUAUGUGUGCAAUAAGGAGGUGUAUGGCUUCCUGCCGGUGCCGCUGAGGGAGCACAGCUCGAUGCAGGACGAAGCCGAGAGCUUCCUACACACCCAGCUGGAGGUGAUGGUGAAGCAUCCGCCUGUGGAGACCUCGAGAUUCAUUGCAACGCCCACCAGGACACCCGACAAGAUGGGCUUUGAUGAGGUCUUCAUGAUCAACCUGAGGCGGCGCCAGGACCGGCGGGAGCGCAUGCUGCGUGCGCUGCAGGAGCAGGAGAUCGAGGCGCGGCUGGUGGAGGCCGUGGAUGGCAAAGCCAUGAACAGCAGCCAGGUGGAGGCGCUGGGCAUCCGCAUGCUGCCCGGCUACCGCGACCCCUACCACGGGCGGCCACUCACCAAGGGGGAGCUGGGCUGCUUCCUGAGCCACUUUCACAUCUGGACUGAGAUUGCAGAGCAGGGGCUGCAGAAGUCACUGGUAUUUGAGGAUGACCUGCGCUUUGAGAUCUUCUUCAAGCGUCGCCUGAUGAACCUCAUGGAGGAUGUAGAGCGAGAGGGGCUCGAUUGGGACCUCAUCUACGUGGGCCGUAAGCGCAUGCAGGUGGAGCACCCCGAGAAGGCUGUGCCGCGCGUGCGGAACCUGGUGGAGGCGGACUACUCCUACUGGACGCUGGCCUAUGUCAUCUCGCUGCAGGGCGCGCGCAAGCUGCUGGCUGCCCAGCCGCUGGCUAAGAUGCUGCCGGUGGACGAGUUCCUGCCGGUCAUGUUUGACAAGCACCCUGUGUCCGAGUAUAAGGCCUACUUCUCCCCCCGAAACCUGCGUGCCUUCUCUGUGGAGCCACUGCUUGUUUACCCCACACAUUACACGGGGGAUGACGGCUACGUGAGUGACACCGAGACCUCGGUCGUGUGGGACAAUGAGCACGUGAAGACCGACUGGGACCGCGCCAAGUCGCAGAAGAUGCGGCAGCAGCAGGCGCUGAGCCGUGAAGCCAAGAACUCGGACGUGCUACAGUCCGCGCUGGACCGCGCCGCGCGUGAUGAGCUCUGAGGCCUGCUCCCCACGAGCAUCCUACCAGCCCCUACUCUGGGGUCGUGGUCAUGGUCAUGGACUGGAGCUUCGAGUCCUUUGCCCGGGGAACGAUCGUGUCAUGAAGCACUUUCGGAUCGGGUGAGCAGCAGGCCUUGGGACCGUGCCAUUCUGGUUAAAAUCUACCGCGUAUUUAUUGAGUGCUGCAUGGGGCACCGUUCUGGGCUCUGGGAAGGCGAAAUCGGACGCUGUCAUUUGCUUAUUGAGACCGACUGUGUGUCUGUUGUGUGGCCGGUGCUGUGACAGAUCGGCUCUUCAUGUGGUGUCCGCUGUGGGUGGGGGCGGGCUGGGUGCUUUGCUCACCCCCAUGGGCCGGGCCAGGCCAGGCUCACAGCGUUGCCCCAGCUCUCAGCCUCGUCCUUGUGCACCCAGUGCCCCAUCUGGAGGGAGCACACUGGGUAACUGUCCAUGGCAGAGACGUGGUCUGGCUCGGCCACUGUGGGCUCUGGGCUCAGUGCAGGCUGCAGCCAGGAUGGGUCUCCAUGGCCUGCGUCCCUCCCGUUCCACAUGCCCGGCUCUGCAUCUCAGGGGUGGUCUCUGCCUUUUGGCAGGGUCCCAUUGCAGCCCUUAUGGGGCUGCGUGUGGAGCCAGGCUGGGUCCCCCUGAGCUGGGCGAGGCUGCUGUGCCUCCUGGGAGGUUGUAUGUCAGGGUGUGUAGAACAUGGUCCCAAGCUGUGGGGACUAGCUUAUUUUUGUAUUAAAUGGUCCUGGUUGAUUUUCA